AUGGCUGCGGCUCACCACUUCCACGUUCCGACUGGGAACACUGUGCGGGUGCGAAUCAUCGACACGACAACGAGAAUUGAACAGGUCCCAAGCACGUUUUUGAUGGAGCCAAUCGUACCGGGCUUUACUCACAUGCCCAAAUUGCCAUCCUGGUCUUUCUUGGUAGAGCACGCCUCGGGUAGGAAGGCACUUUUCGACUUGGGCGUCCCUCCCGAUUGGAAGAGGAUGUCCCCUGUCACCACUAACCACACGGUCGCCGCUGGUUGGACUGUGACCUCUGAAAAGAACACUGUCCAGAUUCUCGAGGAUACGGGCAUCAGAGGUGAGGAAAUUAAUAGUAUCAUAUGGAGCCACUGGCAUUGGGAUCAUUUGGGGGACCCUUCUACGUUCCCCCCCAGCACAGAGCUGGUCGUGGGACCAGGAUUCAAAGAAGCAUUCUUGCCCGGGUACCCAGCUAAGAUGGAUUCGCCAGUCAGGGAGAGCGAUUUCGCGGGACGAGAGGUCCGAGAGAUCGAUUUUACAACCUCGAAGCUGAAAAUCCAAAGAUUUGACGCUUUUGAUUUCUUCGGAGACGGAUCGUUCUAUCUUCUCGAUACUCCCGGACAUGCUAUUGGGCAUCUUUGUGGCCUUGCUCGAACGUCGUCGAACCCUGAUACGUUCAUCAUGAUGGGAGGUGACCUUUGUCACCAUAGUGGCGAACUCCGUCCUUCGCCCUAUCUGCCUCUUCCCCAAGAAAGUCAACUUCGGAACAUCUUACAAGGACUUAUCCCAUAUGUGCCCACUUGUCCUGGCGCGGUACUGGGACAUGUGCAGCACUCUCGGGGCCGAAAUCUCAACGAACCAUUCUUUAACCCGGCAAUGGGGCUCGACAUACCGACGGCAAUGGAGAGUAUUAGGAAGGCUCAAGAGGCUGACGCGGAUUCUAAUGUGUGGUUCAUAUCCGCGCAUGAUGACAGCCUAUGGGGUUUGAUAGACUUUUUUCCGGCACAUGUGAAUGGUUGGAAGGAAAGGGGAUGGGGCGCCAAAACCAAGUGGUCGUUCCUGAAGGACUUCCGUCCUGCCUUGGAGGCUUCCGCUGAGGCGGGGUCGUAA